ACACCUUUCUGCAGAGCAUGGCAAGGGCCACCCCAAUCCAUUGGCAAGAGGCUGAGAGAGGACCAUCUCCGGCUCUCUGCUGGCUUUCCUCCCUCCCCUUUCCUCCUGCCGAAGAGGGCUCUGGCACCGCCCUUGCCAGGGGAGCCUCCCUCCAGCAAAGGCUUCAGCCUUCAGCCUUCAGCCUUCAUUUCCAGCCUGCAGCCUGGUGGGGCACAGGUAGGAGGAGGACACAGGCUCACCAUGAAGAAGUCCCACCGCUUUUGGGUGAUGGUGGUGGUUCUCAUCUGCGUCGUCAUCUACGCCAGCUUUGUCACUCGGCACCAUUCGGAGCCUCCGCCACCCCAUCGGGACAAAGCCGUCAUCCUCAACAAUGGCUCCACAACGAUCCGCCUCGACGGGAGUGUCUACGAGGACUUCUUCCCGCAGCUCCAGCACUACCAGUGCCAUGAGCUGGUCUCCCAGGAGGACCUGUGCCAGAAGGACCUCUCCCCAAAGGGCCCUCCACUGCUCCUCCUGGCCAUCAAGUCCCACCCGGCCUCCCACCAUCGGAGGUCCAUCCUACGCCGUACCUGGGCCCAACCGAGAGAGACGGGGGGCUUCCAAUUGAGGCACGUCUUCCUCAUGGCCACGGACCCCCACACUAAACACUCCAACUUGGCGUGGGAGGAGAGCAAAGGCAUCGGAGACAUCCUGAUGUGGGAUUUUGCGGAGUCGCACCACAACCUGGCUCUCAAAGAGCGGUGCUUCCUGCAGUGGGCGCAAAGGCACUGCCAGCAAGCGGCCUUCGUCUUCAAAGGGGACGACGACCUCUUCGUCAACAUCGAUGCACUCACCGAUUACCUUCACCGGACGCCCAACGUUUCCGAAUUCAUCCAUGGCAACAUUCAGUACCGUUCAGCCGUAGUGAGAAAGGGAAAAUAUGCGGUGUCCACGGCUUUCUACCCGCUGAAGGUGUACCCCAACUUUGCCUCUGGCGGGGGGUUCAUCAUGCCCCAGCCCGCCAUCCCAGAACUCUACAGCGCAUCGCUGCGGCUGCCGGUCUUCCCGCUGGAUGAUGUUUACCUGGGGUUCCUGGCCUUGGCGGCGGGACUCCAGUACCACCACGACGGGCACUUCCGUGUGUGGGGGCCCCCAAAGGAUGAACUCGAGGUGUACCGGGACUCUGUGGUUGUCCAUGGGAUCUCGAUGGAGAGGAUCGAGCAAGUGUGGAAUGAGAUCCAGAAGCCCAUCCAAAAAGGCACUCCUGGCCACUAGCCUUGGCGCAUGGGCAGAGAGGGAUCUCAAGCCCUCCCGCUGCCCGCAGACAAGGAUGCGGUCAACAGGCAGAUUGCCUUGCGUCCACUAGCAAGGAGUAAAGUUCUUUGGGUGACUGCAUUUUGAAAAAGAGGGUGAUCAGAAGCUAUCUGAUUGGAAGGACCCUCGUCUUGGUUUGGCCUCGCAAAUGAGAAUCAGAGAAUCCCCCAAUGGGCAGGGGGUCUCGGGGGCCAUCUAGUCCAGUGUUUCUCAACCUUGGAGGGGUCACGAGAGAGUUUCAGAGGGGUCGCCAAAGACCAUUAGAAAACACAUAUUUCUGAUAGUCUUAAGAAUCCCUUUGGCAUAGUCGUUUGGGUUCACAGUGCUCUCUAGAUGUAGGUGAACUAUAUCUCCCCUAAAUCACCGUCAACUCAUCCAAAAUCCCUCCAGUAUUUUCUGUUGGUUAUGGGGAUUCUGUGUGGGACGUCUGGCCCAUUUCUAUCGGUGAUCUGAUUCAGAGCGCUUUGAUUCUAGCUGAACUAUAAAUCCCAGCAAUUAGUACAAUUAGUACAGAGAAGCCAUUGAAAUCCACAAGCAUGUGGACAAUUUCAACAGAAAGGAAGAGACCAUGAAAAUGAACAAAAUCUGGCUCCCAGUAUUAAAAAACUCUAAAAUUACAACAGCAAAACAGCAGAGAGGAACCAACCAGGCACAGCUUAACACCUC